UUUGGGUCAAAAGGAGGACAGGGAGAAAACCAUAUAAAGACUCUGACUAUUCAGCUGUCGGGGCCGGUGAUGGUAUAGUAUACCUCUACGGUUACGGUGACUCACUCACUGGUUGGUUGGUUCCACGCAAGCAACCUGCGAAUCCCUCCCGUCUCUCCGCAAUGGAGAUCGAAAUGCACACUGACGACAAGGUUAUCCCCGAAAUCGACGUCUCCAUUGCCGCCGCAGGGGGCGCGGACGCCGCUAGCGGUGACGAGGGCGGUGCGGAGGGGGCCGGUGGUGGGGACGGCAGUGGUAGCAGCAGCGGCGGUGGGGGGAAGGCUGGGAAAGACAGAGUGAAGGGCCCGUGGUCCCCUGAGGAGGACGCGAUUCUGAGUCAGCUCGUCAGCAAGUUCGGGCCCAGGAACUGGAGCUUGAUUGCCCGGGGAAUAUCCGGCCGAUCCGGCAAGUCCUGCCGUCUCCGCUGGUGUAACCAGCUCGACCCCGCCGUCAAGCGCAAGCCUUUCACUGAUGAGGAGGAUCGUAUCAUAGUUAGAGCUCAUGCAAUUCAUGGGAACAAAUGGGCAUCAAUUGCUAGGCUUCUGCCGGGCAGAACAGACAAUGCGAUUAAGAAUCACUGGAAUUCCACCCUCAGCCGCCGGAUCUGGGAAUUUGACCAUAUUUUGGAUGCUGGGAAGACGACUGAUGAUGCUAGCUUGGACCAAAUGAAAGCCUCCUCUGAAGAAACUCUUUCAUGUGGAGAUGCCAAUUCAUUCAAAUCAUUGGAAGGAAAAGAUGUCAGCUCUCUCGAGAACACAACCGAGCCCUGCGAAGAUAAGUCAAUAACCGUGGAAAAGUUCAAUCAUGAAGUUAGAGAACCUCCUACGCUUUUCCGACCCGUGGCUCGUGUUAGUGCAUUUAAUGUGUACAAUGCUUCAGAUGGCCCUGAACCAGCUUCUUCAUUUCCUGGACCAAUCCCAAUGCCUGGUCAGACGUUGAGACCAGACUCUGGGUUCUGUAAAUUGCUUGAAGGAGUUUAUGGGGAGAGAAUGGUGCCUCACCAUUGUGGUUACGGUUGUUGCAAGACCGAUGGUGGUCCAAGACCAGAUGCCCAAACUCCACUGUUGGGGCCAGAAUUUGUAGAAUAUUCGGAGCCUCCACCUUUUCCUAGUUAUGAAUUGGCAGCAAUAGCCACUGAUAUAAGUAACAUUGCGUGGCUCAAAAGUGGAUUGGAGAAUGGGAGUGUUAGAGGUAUGAAUAAUACUGCUAUGAGGGUAACUUCUGGUGUAUUCAGAGUUCAAGUUGGGCAUCCAGAGGAGGGUAGGGUCAAUAACUCUGUGCGUUUCGAGGAUGGAAAGAACAAGUUGAUGGGGACGAUGGCGAAUGUGCUGUCAACCUAGGACAAAGGGGCCCUGCUAGUUCUGCUCCGUGCUGAUAGAUUUCUUGAGUUAGAGAAUCAAAGUUAUGCGAACAGAUCAGACCAGUCGAAGCUCGGAGGUUUGCAAAUACCUCGGCGGCUGAAAUUUACAAACUUCGGUCCUGAUUAAUGUUGUUGUUUGGCAGUUAUAAAGUUCGGGACGAGGUGGUUGGUGGUCUGAUUAGCUAUUUCAUAUGUAUGGAGAUUGAUAAUUAAAUCAAAGUUGCAUGUUUAAGCAUAUGUGAUGCUACUUUGUGCCUGCAAUGCCGGUGUAUGGCAUAGGCAAAUAAUUU